CGCCAAGCACCUACUCAUAGUUAACCGGCAAAUGGCGGUCACUGCUCCAAAAAUCCAAGCUGUUCUCCAAAUUCCCAACCCAAGUCCGUUCACACUUCAAGACCCAAACACUCCCAUUCUCUCACUCUCUUUCUAUAUUCUUUGUUUGGUGAAAUGCAAGGAUAAAGCCUUUGGGUUUGCUUUCUUCUUAAAAAAUGGUGAAGAGUAUGUGAAAACUGUGGAGAAGAAGAAAGAGAAUUCCAUGGCAAAUUUGAGGUUUUCCGAUGAGAAUCAGCUAGCAGCAAGUAGUUUUGGAGGAAGCAUCUUUGACAUGGCAGCAGGGGCAUAUGAAGGUAGUGGUGGAGAUAAGCUGGGGCCUUUAGGUUUUAUGGACGUGCUUUCUAUGCAUCAAGAUUUUGUUGCUCCUUCUUUAUUCGAUUCCUUUCAGCCUCCGGUUCUUUCACCACCACCACCACUUCCAUCAAUAUCGUCUGAACUUCACCAAGAAAUAUUACAUGAACAACAACUAGCACUGUACGCUAAGCAGCUUCAAGGUCUUCCAUCACCGGCUUCCACCAUACCGGAAUCUUCAGAGGUUUUAAACAACCCGGCUACACCAAACUCUUCUUCGAUCUCUUCCUCGUCGAAUGGAGCUGAAAAUGAUGAGCAAACCAAAGCGGGGGAUGAUGAAGAACAGGAUCAGGAUCAGGAUCAAUACAAGACAAAGAAACAGUUGAAACCCAAAAAGAAGAACCAAAAAAGGCAAAGAGAGCCGAGAUUUGCGUUCAUGACUAAGAGUGAAAUCGAUCACUUAGAUGAUGGCUACAGAUGGAGAAAGUAUGGGCAGAAAGCUGUGAAAAACAGCCCUUAUCCCAGGAGCUAUUAUCGUUGCACUAGUGCUGGAUGUGGGGUGAAGAAGAGAGUUGAGAGAUCAUCCGAUGAUCCAAUGAUCGUCGUUACCACUUAUGAAGGGCAGCAUAUGCAUCCGUGUCCGAUAACGCCUAGAGGAAGCAUAGGAAUUGCCUCAGUUUCCUCUAGUUUUGGUGCUGCUUCUGCUCCAUCUUUUGUUGUUCCUCAACCUCAUUUACAUCACCAGCAACAAGUACAACCCUAUAUAUAUAACUCAUCUCCUUCUCUGCAUAUUAAUACCACUACUAGCUCUAGGUUCAAUUCCACGUUUCCUGCUUUCCUUGAAAAGAGAUGUUUUAGUCCUAAUUCAUCACCAAGAGACCAUGGACUUCUUCAGGAUAUUGUUCCAACCCAGAUGAGGAAAGAGGCAAAGGAAGAGUAGAAAUGGGUUUUAAUUAUAUGUUGCUGGCAUAUAUGUAGUUUACUAACUAAACUGAAAAGAAGGGAGGAGGGGUUAUCUUUAGAUAAAGAACCCAUUUCACCAUUUUAUAUAUACCUUUUAAUUCAGGUUAUUAU